ACCGGGUAAGUAGCAUUGCCAAAGUACAGUACCACCACUUAGGUACAGAUACGCAUUUAUCUGCAAUCUCCAAUCUUCCCUGCGUCCUAAAAACAGAAGACAAAGCAAAAAUUGCUGAAAAAGCUCAGCAGUUCCACCACAGUCACAACUGCUUGAGGACAAGGUCACCUCUAUUCAUCCUGAGAAAGUUCCUGUCUUUCCCUGUGAGAAAGCUGUUGGGAAUUCUUUAUUAAAGAGUGUCGUUGCGAGUUUGAGAAACGCGUCUGCUUGCGGGACGGAGGCGCGAACUAAAGAAGGAUCCCGGUCGGACCUCCUCCUCUGAUGCUGCCUGAACUGCUGUGUUGCUUCAGCUCUACAUUGUGUUAUCGCAAACAAUACUAGAUAGACGUUAAAUCUCCUAUUGGAAAAGGAACAGGCAAUUUCCAGAUGUGCUGAUCAACAUUCUUCUUUCAACGAGAAGCUGCUCAAACAGAUUUUCCAGUUACACAUCUCACUUGUUUGCAGAACAUUUGUUGUGUCCAGCUGUGUCUAUAUAAGAAAAAGUUCAUAAUUCAGAAGGACUCUUCGGAUGUGAAGUUCUUUACAACGUGACAAGGAAAUAGAGUGGAGUUGAGAACGUGCAGAAAGUGGACAGAAUAUACAUCUUUCAAAAAUCUGCUUGUGCUACAGCAAAGAAACUGAUCUGGGGUUUCUCAACAGUGCAAGAAUGUCCAAGACAAGCAAUUACUACUUUCAGUACAAAGGCUGUAACUUUGUUUCCACUAUCUACACAAAAGAACAUUUAGAACAACUGGAACAUUUUGAAAUAAAGGACACAGAUGUCUUUAUUGUGACAUACCCUAAAUCUGGUACUAUAUGGAUGCAGCAAAUAAUGAGUUUAAUCUAUUCUGACGGUGACCCAGCUGCUGUGCAAAGCAAACCAGCAAUAGAACGUGUGCCUUGGAUUGAAAUACCAAACUCAAAUUUUCCAGCACGACCAUCCCCUCGCCUGAGUGUGACACAUUUGCCUUAUCAACUAGUUCCAAAAGCCUUGAAGGAAAAGAAGGGAAAAGUUAUUUAUGUUGCACGGAAUCCUAAGGAUGUCCUGGUCUCUUCCUAUUAUUUCCAUCAGCAUCUUGCCCUAUAUGAAUCACCAAAGGAUUUUCCAGACUUUCUAGAAAAAUUCCUUGCAGGCAGAGUGGAAUUCAGCUGCUGGUUUGACCAUAUCAGGGAGUGGUAUGCUCACAAGGAUGAAUUCAACUUCUUGUUCAUGACUUAUGAAGAGUUGAAGAAAGAUCUUAGAGCAUCAGUACAAAAAAUUUGCAACUUUGUUGGAAGACAGCUGGAUGAUGAAAAACUGGACAGCAUGUUAGAACACUGCGGGUUUGAUAUUAUGAAAAAGAAUCCAAUGGCCAACUAUGAAGGAAUUCCCAAAAAAUCUGAAGAAGGAGCAUUCCUUCGGAAAGGUACAAUUGGAGACUGGAAAAAUCACUUCACUGUGGCUCAAUCUGAAAUGUUUGAUAGAAUUUUCAAAGAAAAAAUGAAGGAUGUGCCUCUAGCGUUUAUCUGGGACAAUGAAUAAAUAAAAUGCAACAAUUAGCAGCAUGUGAUGUUCCAAAAACAAAUAAAAGAAAAUACGAAAAAGAGAAUGUAUGUCUAAACAGGUUAUUUGUGGAGAAUUACACUAAGAAGGGUAAAUUUAUACAUUUUGAGUAUAAUUCAAUGCAUGAAAGUUUUCAGGUGCAAGCGAGCAUUAACCAUUUGAUUACUACUCAUCAUUCAAAUGCAGUGGUUUAGUAAAAAUUGAUAAUCUGAACUUUGUGUUUUAUGUUUGGAGAAUACAGUUCUAAUUUCAGCACUGAAAGUGAGGAGACAGAUACUCAAGAUUUUCAAUUAUAUUCAAGUAUUGUGCAAGACAGAGAACAGCUAUAUAUUAUUUGCUAAAAAACAUUAGUGUAUUGUCACGUAUUUCUCAAAGUUCAGACUUGGGAAAACCUGUGGAUUUCUGGAGCAUGCAUGUUCUUGAUUUUUUUGUAGUCUAACAAGUUUGGAUGCAUUAGUUUCUGUUAGAAGUUCUUUCAGAUAGUUGAUUGUUUUAUUUUUCCAUGGAAAAGAUGUACAAAUGUAGAUAUUCAGCUGUAAAAUUUAAAAAUUGAUCACUAUGAAAUGCUAAGUACAUUUACAUAGAAUUACAUUUACAGCACUGGAACAGGCUAUUCAGCCCAAUUCUGGAAAAUGCUGGUGUUCAUGUUCCAUUCAAGUCUACUCACAGCUAUUAGCAUGCAUACCAUAAAAAUAAUGGCACUCUGAUAGAAAUUGAUUGCUCCAACUUCUCUCACGAAGCAUGAUCAUGGCCUUAAGAAAUGCUAUAGGGAAUUUCUGCUGCUGCUGCUGCAGAGCUUCCUUACUCCUCGAUGGUCCCAGAGGCUCAGCAUCUAUACCCUGCUCCCUUGGACAGAAACUGUCUGCUGCUGCCCUCAAAGAUUCCAACCAUUUCACAGUCUAUUACUGUCCCUGUUGUUUCAAGUGAAACAGUCAUUUAAAAAUUCUUACCUUAGUGUCAUCUUUUAACUUUGCAGCCAUGAACUGAUAAAGUGGUUAAUUGAUUAAGCUUCUGGUAAAUAGUAACUUCUUCGAUGCUGAUUAGAGGAAGACUCUGGAUGUGAGUUUGCUUGCUGAGCUGGAAGGUUAGUUUUCAGGCGUUUCGUCACCAUU